AUGGGGAUGUACAAACUGAAAGUAGCAACUGGGUUAGACCUUGCUGCUGGUACCUGUAAUAAUCUCUUUAUUAUUCUUGUGGGGGUGCAUGGAGAAAGUGCGACACACCAAAUGCCCCGUUGCUGGAAUCACUUCUUGCCUGGAUCUGUGGCAGAGUUUGAUGUAAAUGUAACAAAAGAUCUUGGAGAGCUCCUGCUUGUCCGGGUUUAUGUGGAGUGCUACUUAAAUUUCCCUCUAGAUGCAUGGUUCUGCCAAUAUGUCAAUGUGACCUGUCCCAAUGGUCAGCUUUACCAGUUCCCAUUUUAUCAGUGGAUAUCGCAAUCUGUCCCUGUGGAAAUCCCAGAGGGGAAAGGGGUUGUAAUAACUGAGAAUACUUCCUCUAUCCUCCUGAAACAAAGAAAAGUAGAACUGGAAAUGAACAGGGAAACGCACAAGUGGAAGGUUUAUGCUGAAGGAAUCCCUCACUGCAUUGAUGUAGCGAAUGAUGAUGUGUUCAAGCUGUCGCCUAAUGACCAGUUCUCCGUGCUAAAAGCAAGCAGCUUUGGCUACAACAUUCUUUCCACUGGCUUUGAAACCAUGCUGAAAGGUUUUCUAUUCAACAAGGGUUCAUGGAAUAGCCUAGAAGACAUCAAACUGCUGACGUCUCUGCAACAAUCACAGAAUUCAGGCAUCGUGAGUGAGAUAUGGAAGGAGGACUCUUUCUUUGGUAGCCAAUAUCUGAAUGGAAUGAACCCAAUAUUAAUCAAGAAAUGCUUGAAAAUCCCAGAGAACUUUUCUGUAGGUGAUGAAAUGGUGGCUUCAUCUCUGGGGGCUUCCACAAAUUUAGAGAAGGAACUUCAGAAUGGACACAUUUUCCUGGCAGACUAUAAAAUUCUUGAAAACAUUCCUACGAACACCAUUAAUGAUAAGCGGCAAUACAUCGCAGCCCCUAUGUGUCUACUGUGGAAAAAUCCUCAGGAUCAGCUUGUUCCAAUUGCCAUCCAGUUAUCUCAGACCCCUGGUGAACAUACUCCAGUCUUUCUGCCCAGUGACGCAGAACUUGAUUGGUUACUGGCCAAGAUCUGGGUUCGUAAUUCUGACUUUCAGGUACAUGAAAUUGGUGCUCACCUUAUUCGUACCCAUCUCUUGGCUGAGGUCUUCUCCAUUGCUACCAUCAGGCAACUUCCAAUGGGACACCCAGUAUAUAAGCUGAUUAUUCCACAUUUUCGCUACACACUAGAAAUAAAUGUUCUGGCCAGGAAGCAGCUCAUUGGACCCAAAGGCCUCUUUGAUCAAGCUAUUGUGACUGGAAAUGGAGGGGUUCCAGUACUGACAAAGGAGGCCAUGAAAGAAGUGACCUAUUGUAGCUUGUGUCUCCCUGAUGACAUAGUGAUCAGAGGUAUGAAGUCUAUCCCAAACUACCUGUACAGAGAUGAUGGUAUGAAGAUCUGGUUAGCUGUCGAGAGUUUUGUUUCCAAUAUUGUUAAUUACUACUAUACAAGUGAUUUGGUGGUCAGGGAGGAUCCUGAACUUCAGGCCUGGGUGGCUGAGAUCUUCAAGCAAGGAUUCCUUCAAAAUAAGUCUUCAGAAGUUCCAUCUGCAUUGGAGUCUAUAGCCUCUCUGAUAAAGUAUUUGACAAUGGUGAUCUUCACAUGCUCUGCUCAGCAUGCAGCUGUCAAUAAUGGCCAGUAUGACUUCUAUUCUUGGAUGCCCAAUGGCCCCACCUCUAUGCAGAGUCCUCCACCCACUUCUAAAGGUGCUACAAUGCAAGCUAUUCUGAAGACCCUGCCAGAUAUUAACACUACAGCUAAUGGCAUGGUCACUGUGUGGACACUCGGCAAUGAGCCCUUGGACAGGAGACGUCUUGGAAACUACCCUAACAUACGUUUUACAGAGCAGAUGCCACAGCAGUUCAUUAAGGACUUUCAGAAUAAACUGGCUGAGAUCUCCAAACACAUCCAAAAGAGAAACAAGACCAUGCAUCUGCCCUAUCCCUACCUGGACCCAAGUGCAAUAGAGAAUAGUGUCUCCAUCUGA